GGAGGAGAUCAGAAAAAGAGUAGGCAAUAUCUUCAAUCGUGGCAGAAUAUGGCGGCGCAGAUAAACUAUUCGAUACAGAAUAGCCUCUGGUUGUUAGACCCUCUUCAUAAUGAGUUAUAUAUAGCUCUAUUAGAGGAUAAGGAGCCACACAAUUUAGAGAAUGCCAUUUCUUCUGGAUGGCCAGCUUCACUGCCCUUGAUUGGCAAGGAUGGCAUGAAGAUGGGGAAAUAACUUGGAAGGUGGAAUUUGGAAAUGAUGGGGAUUAUUCGGAAGAUCAUUUUAUUAAUAUCAUCAAUGCACAUCUUGCUAAUACAAUAGGAAAUAUUCUUAAUCGUACUCUUAGGCUUCUUAAGAAGAACUGCCAAUCAACCUUGGUGGUUGAUUCAGCUAGUGCAGCUGAAGGAAAUCCUUUCAGAGACACUGUGGAGAAGCUGGAUCUUGUUAUUAUACUGGAAGCUGUGAGGAUUAUUGCAAUAGCUUUGUCUCCAGUCACCCCUGGCUUAUCAUGGCGAAUAUAUUCACAGCUAGGCUACACGAAGGACCAGUUUAACACUGCAGCCUGGAGCGAGACAAGGUGCGUUGGGCUAAAGGGUGGUCAGGUCAUGGCUCCACCCAAACCAGUGUUUGCAAGGAUUGAACAAGGAGCAGAAACAGAAGCUGGUGGAGUAGUAGCCAAGAAGGUUGUUAAAAACAAGGAGAGAAUACCUCAGGCUCAAGAGGCUUAAGAAUCCAAUUUUAAACGGAAUUUGUUGGAAACUAAAUAUUCUUUGUCUAUAUAAUCGCUCAAUUUGGAACCCUAAAUUAAGUUUUUCAUAUAGCAACUUGGAAACAUUGUAACUAAUAAUAUA